AUGAAUUUGAAUGAAAAAUUACAAGCUGAAGAUGGGACAGAGAAGGCUGAUGUAACUUAUUUUCAAAGGAUGGUUGGUGGACUGAACUAUUUGUCUCAUACACGACCUGAUAUCGCCUUCUCUGUUAGUGUCUUAUCCAGGUUCAUGCACAGUCCAACAAAGCAUCAUCUUGGAGCAGCAAAAAGGGUAUUGCGAUAUGUUGCUGGAACUGUUAAUUUUGGAAUUUGGUAUACCACCGUAUCAAAUUUCAAAUUAUUUGGCUACACUGAUAGUGAUUGGGCAUGUUCUUUAGAUGAUAGAAAGAGUACAUCAGGUUACACUUUCAGUCUUGGUUCAGGUGCCAUCUCAUGGAGCUCAAAGAAGCAUGAUACUAUUGCUUUGUCAUCUUCAGAAACGGAAUAUAUUGCUGCAACUUCUGCAGCAUGUCAAGCUGUGUGGCUUAGGCGAGUUCUGGUUGACUUGGGUUAA